GAGAUGUGCCAAAUGACGUAAUUAAUAUGUCAGCGCCCAGUCCAAGUCGCGAGAGCAUGAUAUUGCACCAUCAGUGUAAUACACAACUAUUUGUUAGCCACCACGAAGGUCUUAAAUCUCAGGCGAUACGACAGUAGGCCUAUCAUUGCAGUUAUGAUGUCUAGUUCAUUUGUAGAAGGGCAGUUUUCAGAUGCUGAAGAAAGUGAUAGACAGAAGGCAGUGAAGAGUUCUACAAAUGUCCAUGAGAAUGAUGUCACCAGUAAGGAAAAUCGAUUAUCCCAGAACAAUGCAGAGGAUAGUUAUGAUGAAGAUUAUGAUGAGGAUUAUGAUGAAGAUGAUAUGUAUGAUGCUGUAGGAGAUUUAAAAAAGCAUUACCAAGCAUCACGUCAUUGUCAUGGCAGUAGCAAUGCCAACCAGCAAAAACAAACCAAGGGUCAUUUCCAGCCUACUGACACUGCGCUUCGAAAAUAUUCGCACAAAAUAAACAUAGAGAAGUAUGAAGGCCCUGAUUCGCUACCGUCAUCUGCCAUGAACCAUUUAUCAGAAACAAACAGAAAGCGAGAAAAUGAGAGGGUGAGAGUGAAGGACAAGUCUGACCGCGCGACAGUGGAGCAGGUGAUGGACCCGCGCACGCGCAUGAUCCUCUUCAAGCUGCUUUCACGUAACUUCAUCGGCGAGAUCAAUGGCUGCAUCAGCACCGGCAAGGAGGCGAACGUCUAUCACGCGUCGACGAAGAACGGCGAGCACAGGGCGAUUAAGGUUUACAAGACAUCAAUUCUCAUAUUCAAAGACAGAGAUAAAUACGUAAGUGGAGAGUUCAGGUUUCGCCAUGGCUACUGCAAGCACAACCCCAGGAAGAUGGUUCGCACUUGGGCUGAGAAGGAGAUGAGAAACCUCACAAGGAUGUUCCAAGUUGGAAUUCCAUGUCCGGAACCGAUUCUUUUGCGUGGACACGUCUUACUUAUGGAUUUCAUUGGCAAAGAUGGGUGGCCAGCCCCAAAAUUAAAAGACGUCUCCAUUUCGGAGGCAAAAGCACGAGAGCUGUACCUGCAGUGUGUUCUCAUGGUGCGCACUAUCUUCCAGCAGGCCAAGCUUGUUCACGCUGACCUCAGCGAAUUCAACAUGCUUUACCAUGAAGGGCAGUGCUAUGUGAUAGAUGUGUCACAGUCAGUUGAACAUGAUCAUCCUCAUUCACUGGAGUUUCUUAGAAAAGAUUGCACCAACAUCACUGAUUUUUUCAAGAAGAAUGGUGUAAGUGUCAUGACGAUGCGUGAGUUCUUUGACUUUGUCACGGAUCCCAACAUCACAGACGAGAACAUAGAUGACUACUUGGACAAAAUUAUGGAAAAGUCGGCAACACGAACUGAGGAAGAAAGAACGGCUCAAGAGAAAAUAGACGAGGAGGUUUUCAAGCAUUCAUUCAUCCCACGUAAACUUGAAGAAGUGGUGGACUUUGAGAGGGAUUUGGAGAUUGCUGCCCAGGGCAACACAGAGGAGUUGUUUUAUCAAACAAUCACAGGCUUAAAGCCUGAUCUAUCUGGUGCACAAGAGGUGCCUGUGCUAUUAGAAUCGGAGCAAAAAGUAGGUGAAAUUGAGCCUAUUAGUGACAAGGGAGAGGAUUCCUCAAGUAGUGAAGAGGAAGAUGAGGACGAGAGUGAAGAAUCCAAGUUGAAACCCCAUUACAGACCAAGGGAUGAGUCACCAAACAGUAAAAAAGAGAGAAAGAAAGCCAUCAAAGAAGAGCAGAAAGAGAAAAGGAAGCACAAGACUCCAAAACAUUUGAAGAAACGCAGAGAAAAACAGGCUAAACAGGGGAAAAAGAAAUAAAUACUUACAUUUCUAUGUAAUUUAUUAUCUAUCCAGGAACUGUAUAUAAGCAAAUUAUGAAUCCAAGGAUGGGCACAGUUAUAAGCAAUUCUUCUGAAGACUAAGUUGUAGUUAUUUUAAGUAGACGUGGAAACUGCAAUGCCACCUCAGUUUGUUAGUUGAACGAAAUUGAAUAGGUAUAUACACAUAACAUUCAAGCUUCCUUUUUACCUCCGCCAGGGGCUUGGCGGAGGUUAUGUUUUCACCGGCGUGUCUUUGAGUGUUGGUUUGUGUGUUUGUGGGUUUGUGA